AGGUGCCUAAUGGUUCUCUGCUUUCCCUUUCUCCCUUCCUCUCACUUGCUCGUGUGGAAGCUAUCUAUAGAGCGCUGGUAUUUCCUCCCAACUGAAGCAUGGCAGUAAAGACCCGCAAGAUGUACAGGAAUGCAGACAUGGCCACAACAUCAGACCGAGUUUCUCGCAAUCCCAUUCCUGUGACACUUUUGUCUGGCUUCCUAGGCAGCGGGAAGACAACACUCCUAAAGCAUGUCCUGACAUCCGAUCAACACGCCGUACGCAUCGCUGUUAUCGUCAAUGACAUGGCUGCCCUCAACAUCGAUGCAUCCUUGAUCAAACGUCACGUCGUAUCACAGACGCAGGAACGCUUAAUCCAGAUGGAGAAUGGCUGUAUCUGCUGCACACUACGCGGUGAUCUCCUUGAAGAGCUCGCAAGGCUCGCACGCAAUGGGAUGUGCGAAUACAUACUGAUUGAGAGUACCGGGAUCAGCGAACCUAUGCAGGUUGCGGAGACAUUUACCGAGGAAUUUGCUCAGGCCAUGAUUGAUGCCGCCAACGAGGGCUUGAUGCUGGACCAGCAGGAAGACGAGAGACUCUUGAAGGAAAUAGCACAACUUGGAGGUCUGCAAAGUAUCGUCAAACUGGACACCCUGAUCACUGUAGUUGACGCUUUCAACUUCUUCGACAACUUCUCUACGACCGACUUCAUCACGGACCGGUGGGGGAAGGACGGCGUUGACCCUGAGGAUGAACGCACCGUAACUGAUUUGAUGGUGGACCAAAUAGAAUUCUCCAAUACCAUCAUCAUCAACAAAGCCAACAGCGUCAACGAGGCAGCAAGGUCUCGCAUCCGAAGCAUAAUUCAACAGCUCAACCCUGCAGCCAAAGUUUUAGAAGCCAACUAUGCGAAAGUCAAUGUGCAAGAUAUUAUCGGCACCAAGAAGUUCUCUUUUGAGAAGGCUGCCACUAGCAUGGGCUGGCUCCAGAGCCUGCACGACCUCGCCAAACGAGAGGUUAAUGGCCAGAUCAAGAUCGGUCCGAAGCCAGAGACAGAAGAAUACGGCAUAUCGAGCUUUAUAUACCGAGCCCGGCGGCCGUUCAGUCCAAGGCGCCUGUACAAAUUGAUCCACGAUAAGUUUGUCAUCAUGGAGGGGCAGAUACAAGAUCAAGAAGAGGACGAUGCCAAAGAUGGUAUGGGCGUAGAAGGCGAUGACAGCGAGGAUUCUCCCGGGAGCGGUGGUGGCAAUGAUGCGUCCACCAACAGCGAGGCUGAGGACGAAGACAUGCUCUCCGAUGUCAGUGACCAGGUGGAGGAAGAGGAUGAUUUCUCCCAGUCCAUUGAACCGGAGGUAAGUGCUUUAACUUUCCGAUUCUCAGCUAUCAACCAGCGGUUCUUGGUCGUGCUUGUGCAAUACAAAACCAGGAGACUGGACUUCUUUGAGAGUUCGGAACAAAGUCAGUGCAUUCCCGACUAACCUAUUGGUCAAUCCUUGCAGGUGGUCGCCCAGAACAAGAAGACAAAUCCUAUCUUCUCCGGUCUCCUGCGUUCGAAAGGUUUCUUCUGGCUUGCCACUCGCCCAAGUUUACAUGGUGAAUGGAGUCAGGCUGGUACCAUGCUGACCUUGCAAGGUGGAGGCCCGUGGUUUUGUAUGAUUGACGAAGGUACAGCUCCUUGCGCUCCCAAGAUACGGUGUAUCCAAAUUGACGUUCACUCAAGCUGAAUGGCCUCUCGAUGCGGACACACGCGCUAGCAUCGAAGCUGACUUCGAGGAACCAUGGGGCGACCGAAGGCAAGAAAUUGUCUUCAUCGGCGAGAAACUCGAUCAUAACGGUCUCAAGAGCGAGUUCGAUCGCUGCCUGCUAACGGAUCGUGAGAUGAAAAAAUGGGAGAAGAUCAUGAGAUCGUCCAAGGAUAUGGAAACAGCAAACGAGAGACUGGCGCAGUUGUUUGACGAUGGAUUCGAAGAUUGGCCUGAGUAUGUACAUGCUGAGGACGAGCAAGAAGGGCAUGUACAUCAGCAUCCUCAUCAAUCCGGUCGGCAGCACCAGCAUUGAUUUCGAUGGGGAAGGAAGUCUGGCCGUGACAUCGCCGUGAUAUGUCGCAGGGUUUGUAGAUCAUCUUGCUUUGCUUGAAUCAACCCCAGCCCCAAGUCAAUAGUGGUUACGAAAUUGAGUGAUACUGACUGCCGCGUUAUCCUUCGUACAAGCUGUAAUUGGAUCGGUAGACUCGGUACCUUCGGCAUAUCUGAAUGUGAACCUCGACUUGGACAUCCGAGUCUUCCCUGCAAGAUCUGUUCCUGCGGAUUGUAUUGCGCAGCAUGUCUUUGGUUCUCCGAUGGCUCUGGACUAUUCGUAUACGCGUUAUCGAAGGCGAAGGAUCGAGCAGAGAAGAUCCCUUGCUUCCUUCUCAGAGACUGUCAUCUCUUUCCGCUGCGUUUGCGGAGUUUGGAGGGCUCCGGUCCAUUUUUUGUACAGCGAGGAUGUCCAUAGCCAUGGUUUGGAGAUUUUAAUGCAGUUCCGAUGCAAAUGUUAAUGCUGCUUCGAUGAAUGCCUCAUAACACUAUCAUCUUCCCCCUUGGUGGA